GGAUUUCCGAAAUUUCUACUAAUGAUCGUCAGAAACAGAAGCAGCUAAAUUUAUAAAGCAUGGAAAAGGAUGAGAAGGUGGUGAAAGAAGAUGGAGAAGUAAAUAAGCAGCGAGAGAAGGUCUGCAAGAGAUGCAAGGUCACGUUCACUCCCGACUCCAAUGCGUCUUCUUCCUGCCGAUUUCAUCCCGCACUUUUCGUCUGUCGCCGUCACGAUGAUCAGAAGAGGUUUUUGGAUCAUUAUCCACAUUUUCAGUCCUUCACAACUUUAUGGCCCAAGUCACUUCUGCAUAACUUAGUCAUUCAACACAACACUUCAACGAUCGUAUCAUACUUCAACACAACACUUCAACGAUCGACAUUCAACAAUCAACCAUGGACACUUAUUCUAUGGGAGAUGAUUUCAAUCCUCCAAUCCUACGGAGAGGUGAAUACACUGUAUGGAGGAACCGGUUCAUAAGUUUCCUAGAGAGUAAAGAUCAAGGCAUCACAAUGUUGUCCUCAAUCACUGAUGGACCUGCAAGAUUCUGGAAAACCAUCCGCGGGGCUCCUGAAAACAACCCUCCUACUUCACAGGUGCUGAAGAUACCUUCUGAAUAUACUGAACAAGAGAGACUCAGAGCUAGAGCUUAUGUAAAUGCCAAGUCUUAUCUGCUGCAAGCCAUCCGAACGGCAUUUACAUGCUAAUUGACAGCAUGUCAACUGCAAAGGAGAUGUGGGGUGAGAUGUACAAGAUGAUGCACGGGAGGGAAGAAAUAGCUAAAGAGAAGGAGGUAAUCACGCUGACCAAGCCACUUCUGCGUAACUUAGUCAAUCAACACAACACUUCAAUGAUCGACAUUCAACAAUCAAACAUGGACGCUUAUUCUAUGGGAGCCGAUUUCAGGCCACCAAUCCUACGCAGAGGUGAAUACACUGUAUGGAGGAAGCGGUUCAUAAAUUUCCUAGAGAGUAAAGAUGAGGGCAUCAAAAUGCUGUCCUCAAUCACUGGUGGACCUGCAAGAUUCUGGAAAACCAUCCCCGAUUCUCCUGAAAACAUCCCUGCUUCACAAGAGCUGAAGAUACCUUCUGAAUAUACUGAACAAGAGAGACUCGGAGCUAGAGCUGAUCUAACGGCCAAGGCUUAUCUGUUGCAAGCCAUCCCGAACGAAAUCUACAUGCAGAUUAUUAGCAUGUCAACUGCAAAGGAGAUGUGGGAUGAGAUGUACAAGAUGAUGCAAGGGACAGAAGUAGGAGCUAAAGUGAAGAAGGUAAACAUGCUGACCACUUAUGACCCAUUCAAGGCCAAACAAGGGGAAUAAUGAUAAAACAGAGAAUGGAGAACACACUGAAUGUAUAUUCAAUACUGAGAAUGAUGUUUAUAGAAUCGAGAGCAGGGUAUUCAGUAUCUCUCGGUGUGGCGGCUUUCUCUCUCUGUAAUAUUAGCGCCCGUAUAUGAUAAUCAAAAGUUAUCGAUACACUUAGCCCUACAGACAUCUUAUAUCUGAAGGUUAAGCGCGUUACUGUAGGCGUAAUAUAUAAAUGGGCCAUAAUACAAACUGGCCCUUUUGUAAUUACAAGUGCUAUUUUCUACACAGAUACAAAGAUGAUUAUAAUAAUUUAAC